AUGGUGAGCGCGGGCGGGGCGCCGGGACACCCCCGGCAAACCCCCCCGCCCCGCAGCCGGUACCGGAGGAGGGCCCGGAGCACCGAGGUGGAUGAGACGCUGUUCGGGGAGAGCCGGAGCCUGCGGCAGUCGCGCCCCGGCAGCCCCAUCGUCGUCCUCCGGGAUGUGCAGAGCGCCCCGAAAACGGCGUCCGCUGGCGAGCACAAGCCCGAGACCAUCCGCCUCAUCACCAAGGACUUCAUCCGUGACCUCGUCAUCCCCGUGGAGAACCCAGCAGCGUCCCUCAUCAUCGGCCGGGAGGAUUUCCAGCGGAUCAAAGAAGCAUCCCGAGUCCUGAGCAAGGAGGAGCGCGAGGCCAAGCUGGCGGCCCUCAAAGCGGAGAAGGAAGCCGUUCUCGAGGCGGUGAGCGAGCGCAAGGCAGCGGCAAAGCAGCGGGCCGCGCUGCAGCAGCAGAAGGGCAAGCUGAGCGACCUGGAGGAGGAGGCGAAGGAGCGGGCCCAGCACCUGCUGCAGCGGGCGAGCAGGAUGCGCAUGGAGCAGGAGGACGAGAUCAAGGAGUUCAGCGAGCUGAUCCUCAGGGCCAAGUGCCACAUGGUGCGCGACACGCAGAUCCUGGAGAAGCAGCUGGUGGCAAAGGAGCUGGAGGAGGAGGAGAAGCGCCUGGCCGAGAUGAUGGAGGUGGAGAGGCAGAAGGCCAACGAGAUGCAGGAGGAGCUAGAGCGCCGGAGGAAGCAGGAGCUGAUCAGGGGGAGGCAGGAGCUGGUGAAGCAGAUGGAGAAGAACGCGGAGGAGCGGGCGCUGCGAGCUGAGCAGCGGGACCAGGAGACACGGGAGAUGCUGCAGUACCUGGAGCAGCUGAAGCUGGAAGACCUGAAGGACUUGGAGCAGAGACAGGAGCAACAGAGGAAAAUCCAGGCGGAGAUUAAACGCAUCAACGACGAGAACCAGAGGUGCAAGGAGGAGCAGCUGCAGCAGGAGAGGAUGGCAGACGAGCAGAUACUCGAGUACCAGAGGCAAAAAAUGGAGCGGGAGGCCGAGUUUGAAGCUGAGCAGGAGAGGAUCCGUCGGGAGAAGGAGAAGGAGAUGGCACGCUUGAGGGCCAUGCAAGAGAGGGCCCAAGACUACCAGGCAGAGCAGGACGCGCUGAGGGCCAAGCGCAGCCAGGAGGCCGCCGAGCGGGAGUGGCGGCGCAAGGAGAAGGAGGCGGCGCGGCGGAAGGCCGAGCUGGAGGAGCAGCUGAAGCGGAGCCGCCUGGAGCAGAUCGCCGCGCGGGAGCACCGCAUGGCCGUGCAGGUGCAGCAGGACCGCGACGAGUUCGAGCGGAUCCUCAGGGCCCAGCAGGAGCAAAUGGAGAAGGAGAAGGCAGAGGCAGAGCGGAGGGCGGCCCUGCAGCGUGCCCAUGCCAACGACGUCCGGCGCCAGAUGCAGGAGUGGCGGCAGCGGCGGGCGCAGGAGCGGGCGGCCGCCUUCGAGGAGUGCCAGCGGCUGCAGGAGGAGGCCCGGCGGCGCAGCCAGCGCAUCACGCAGCUCAAGGAGAAGAAGCUGCAGGAGCUCAGAGCCGCCGGCAUCCCCGAGAAGUACUGCGCCCAGGUGGAGCGGCGGGCCUUGAACAGGGCAGUCGCAGCGCCCGGGCAGGCUCAGCCCCACGACGAGCACGGCACUGCUCCACCAGCAGCCGGGGAGCUGGGGUUUGCUUAG